ACGCGUGAAUAGGAGCGCGGCUGCGGGGAGAGCUCCCGUGCCGGGAACAGCCCUGCUCCGGUAGGGAGCAAAGGCUGUACCCAACAGGAUCCGGGAGAUCUCUGAGAAAAGGAGAAUUCUCAUCCAGGCCUGUUAAAAGUGGCUCUAAGCACAAGUAACUAAAUGACUUUCCUGUCGGACACCCAGUCUUCCUCCCAUAUUUAGUUUUGCAGAUUUGUUAUGCAAUAUGUGUACCUUUUGAGGGACUCAGGAUUAAAAAUCCUGGUUCCAGUUACUCCCCCUGAAUACAGACCAGUCACAUCUCUCAAUCGAUCAUGGGCUGUCUCCAAUUCUGUCCAGCACAGUGGCAGCACAUGUUACAGUAUGGAACAACCCCACAGAGGGCAUCAUAAUGCAGACACACAUUCAGGCUCACCUAUAAACUUACCUACAUACCUGUCUGCAAACCACCCUAAGGCAUCCUUGCUUUCCUUAUUCAGGGAGCAGGGCUUGUCUUUGUUUCAACACCUCUGCACACAACAGGGUCCUUCCAAAGCAGGACUCAGGUGCCAGGGAAGGCAGUCACUGCUCUAAGCCUCAGCAGGUUUAUAGUCCAUUUGUGCAUUAAGUUUGGUAUUCAUGUUUAAAGAUUAGCAAAGAUUGAGAAGUUACAAAUCCUUAGAGCAAUGUAACUGACUUGCCUGAAAGAGCCUGUAGAAAUUAUAAAGUACGUGCUGAAAAGUAUUCAAAAUAAGUUAUUUGGUCACAAAGCAGUGCUACACAGAUGCGAGUGGGCUUCUAUUCCAUGUUUCACCAAGCAGUUUUCCAACUCCAUUUUUGUAGACAUCUCCAUUGUGACCAGAAACUUAAGAGUCGAUUUUUAUUUGAUUAACCUUCAUUAACUAUGAAAAAAAAAAAAAAUCCUGAAGGAAUAAGGCCUUGUUAGUAACUUAGGCAACAGAUCUGCCUGCCUCUUCAGUCUUUUUCUGGAAACCCAGCCAGUACAAAGCUUAAAUUAGUCGCAACUGCACUGAGUUAAUGACUGCAGCCCUUCGGUCCCCGAGGCAAAGAUUUCAUCCUGCAAAACCCUCCCUCCGGCCGCGGACGGGCGGCAUAAAACAAGGCUUAGAUUGGAAAAGCCACGACUAGCACAGGGAAAUGCAGAUUUGCUGGAGCGGAACACUGAGGAAUGAGGCAUCCGGGGACUGACUGAUGUUCCCCCUGCCCCCCCAUGGACCUGUGUUCACAAUAUUUGCUCUGGGAAAACGGUUCACUUUUGUGACUGAGGAAGAAGGAACCGAAGCAUUUUUUAAAUCUGAAGACUUAAAUUUUGAACAGGCAGUACAACAAGCUGUCAAGAAUGCAGUCUCUGUUCCUGCAGAAGCAUUUUAUCAGAACCAUGGUAAUCUCUACAGCAUGAUGAAGGGGAAGAUGAGUCCCUCUAAUCUGCACAUGUUCUCAGGCACUUUGUGUGAGGAGCUCCAUGAGCACAUGACUCACCUGGGCACGGAGGGCACAGGGGAUCUCAGUGACCUGGUAAGGCAUGUCAUGUAUCCAGCAGUGGUGAACACCCUGUUUGGGAAGGGCAUCUGCCCAACCAGUCCAAGUGAAAUCAAGGAGUUUGAAGAGCAUUUUCAGAAGUAUGAUGAGGACUUUGAAUACGCUUCUCAGAUGCCUGAGUGCUUCCUGAGGAACUGGUCUAAAUCCAAAAAAUGGCUUCUAAAAUUAUUUGAGAAAGUAGUGCUGGAUGCUGAGAGGACCAACCCUUCAGAGACUGCAUCCAAGACACUUCUACAACAUCUUCUGGAUAACUUGCAGGGAAAACAUCUAGCUCCCAAUUAUGGUCUCCUGAUGCUCUGGGCUGCCCAAGCAAAUGCUGUGCCUGUUGCAUUUUGGACCCUUGCUUUCAUACUCUCUAAUCCUGCCAUUUACAAGAAAGUCAUGGAAGACCUGGCUUCUGUUUUUGGUGAAGGAGGUAAAGAUAAACUGGAAGUCUCUGAGGAGGAUCUGAAGAAGAUCCCUUUCAUUAAAUGGUGCACUUUGGAAGCCAUACGGUUGAGGUCUCCAGGUGCAAUCACCAAGAAAGUCAUAAACCCAAUUAGAAUUAAGAAUUUCACUAUCCCUGCUGGUGACAUGCUGAUGUUGUCACCAUAUUGGUUGCACCGGAAUCCAAAAUAUUUUCCGGACCCAGAAAUGUUCAAACCUGAUCGUUGGAAAGAGGCAAAUUUAGAGAAGAAUGCUUUCUUGGACAGCUUUGUGGCAUUCGGAGGAGGGAAGCAUCAGUGUCCAGGAAGGUGGUUUGCAAUCAUGGAAAUCCAGCUGUUUGUUGUGCUGUUCCUGUACAAGUAUGAAUUUGUGCUGUUGGAUGCAGUGCCAAAGGAGAGCCCUUUACAUUUGGUGGGGACACAGCAACCCACAGCACCACUACGGGUCCGGUACAAAUGCCGGGAAUGAAAGUUGUGCAGCACUGACCUUUCUUUGCCAACCCGCGCUGGAUGGAUGAACCACUGAGCUGCUUCCCAAGCCCACAUCUUCAGCCAGGUUCUCUGCCUGCAGAGUUCUUGAUUUCAGCUUUCAAUGCUGUACACCGUGCUGUGCCAAACCAGUACCUGUGCUCCCCCCCAGGCUGCCCAUCUCUCAGUGCUUCAGUCCAAGCUCUCCCGGUGCAUUCAUAAUUUGUGGGUCAGUUAUUCACAGACUUUGCAAAUCUGAAAUACUAAACUCACCAACCAAACAUUUAGGACAAAAAGCUGCAGUGUCUGGAAAUCCUGUGUGGAAGCUGUGCCAGAACCAGUGGAGAAGCAGCUCCCUUGGGCCAGGUCACUGCUUCCUGCAGGGCGCUUUAAACCGAGGCCAAAAUGGUGCCUCAUGCUAAGAAAUCACAUUGGUAACAACAGCUCCCUGAUGUUGGUGUGCACAGAAUCCAGGACAGUCUGAGCAGAGACCUCUGGAUUAGCUCCACAUCAUGAUUAACUGUGGUGACUUGUGUGUCACUGCCUGUGUGGAUAGGUGAAAGUCUGGCCUGCUCUGCUUACAACCAGUGCCAACUUCUUGCAAAUAAAAUGAAUUUGUAAUGGAAAAAUUGCAAGUGUUUGGGAUCUUGUUCUACUGGAGCACCUCAUAUUUCUGCUGAGCUUUAUUUUGCUCCACAGGAUUCAGAAUCGGUCCUUGCAUGAGUUUGCAAUAAAAGUUUGACCAUGAUGUUUGGCUUCCAAUAAAUAUGAUCUUCCUGCUCGUAAGACUAGUUAUCUAAUAUCUAGAACACUUUUGCUUUCCCUACCACAUGAGUUAUAGAACAAAUUGCACAAAUAUGAGAAUAUUUGAUCCUGUACAGAAUACCUAGUAAAAUUGUUUGAAGAAACUGACUCUGGGGUCCCAUCACUGCCCUGUUGUGGAUGACAUCUCCAGGCACUCGAUGUACUUUCCAAGGUGGAAAAAAACAAGGGAGGUGGAUUAGUAAAGCCAUGUGGUGGUCAAGUGAUAGAGCUAAAAGGGGUCCUCUGUCUGGAAAUAAUCCAGAAGCUUCUGGGGGAGGGAAAGACUUUCCCAUGGGACAGGGUUAAAUGGGCAUUAAAAGGUCAUCGCGAUAUCCUGCUCAAGAGUGGAUUAAAAGUAUCUAAAUUAUUCCUCUUCAAGUGCUUGUCCAAUCUGCUUUUAAAUACAGCAGUGCCAAAUUUCCAUGGGGGAUCUGUCCUCUUACCUGACUCUCCCUGCUGUUACAAAGCUGUCCUACAUAUCAGUAGCAGGAGUCAGAAUAAGAUUUUAUCCAUGCCAUCAAUGCAAGACUGUAAGAAGCCAAAGAUUUUUAAGCCUACAGAGAAAUAAAAUGUAUUUCAAGCUACCUUUUUUAUUUCUACCUUCUGUAUGAAGUCUGGAUGUUACAGGGAAAGUAGUGGAGCAUCCCUCAAAAAACAUCUUAGAAAAUGUAAUUGUUCCUCCUCCAGAUGUGGCAAAGGCCAGAUCUACCUCAGAUAAAUUCCAGUGUCAAAAUCAGUGAAACAAUGGUAAGAGUUGUCUUAAUAAAACAGGAAAUCUGGUGUUACAAAGAAUGAGAAAUAAAACUCUGUUACAUGA